AUGGCUGCAUCUGCCACACAAAACCCUCCCGUCAAGACUGAGUCGAAGUCUGCGAAGAAGAAGAAGAAGGCCAAGGCCGCUUCUUCGGAGUCUGAGGCUGUCAAGUCCCCAGCCGUCGCCGAGCUCAAUACCCCAAGUGCUACCGCAGAGAGCAACAGUGGCGAUGGUUCCUACGAGAGUCCCUACAUCAAGGAGCUGUACAAGAACAUCCGCAAUGUCAACAAGAAGAUCACCAAUGCCUCCAAAGUUGAUAACGUCGUCGCUGCGAACCCUGGCAAAUCCCUCGACGAGCUCGUAUCCACCAAGCUGAUCAAUGCCGACCAAAAAGCACAGAUCCUCAAGAAGCCAGCUCUCCAAGCAUCUCUCACACAACUGGAGGAACAAAUUGCCCAAUAUAAGAAGUUCGACCAGGAAUACAAAGCUGCUUCCCAAGCCGAGAAGGCCGAGUUCGAGAAGACUCUAACAGAGCGUGCCAACAAGGAAUUGGAGGAGGCUGUUUCUGCUGCCAAGGUUGAAGCUGAAGCUACUGCCGCAAAGGACCAACAAGACAACUUGCUGCUCCUCUCACAAUUCUUGAAGUUGGCUGCUAUCAGAAGAAGCGAGGAGGAAGUUGCAGAGCUGGAGGAGAGCAAGGCCCUUGAGGGUCUGCUUGGUCAAGUUUACCAUGGUGACUCUACUGCUGUGUCUGCUAUGAUGAACUUGAUUCAAGGUAGCAGCGAGAAGGUCAAGUCUGUCAAUGGAGAGGUGCUCGAUGUCGAUUUUGCCCAUCUCAAGGAAAUCGCAUCGGUCAUCCCACCAACGAUCAUGCCCGCCCCAGAAGCCGAGGAAGAAGAAGUUGAGGAGGAGCCUGCUGCUGCCACCACAGAGUAUCCAGUUGAGAGCGAUCCUACAAUUGCCAAUGCUGGACUGACUGAGCUCGACGAACCUACAACCGCCACAUUGACCAACGGCCAUACUGAGUCGACUUUGGAAGGUCAAGGCAUUCCAGCCAACGCGGGUUUUGGUGACGGAGCUGCCAAUGCUGCAGCGGAGGCCAACUGGGACCAAAGCAAUGACCUGUCGACAUCUCAAGAAUGGGUCGAGGUACCUCGUGAUGCCACUGAGACCGACACAGGAGUGACUGCUACGCCGGCUGCUCCAUCUCAAGUCCAAAGCUGGGCCGAUGACCAACCAGAUAGUCCAGUAUGUAUCUUGUCUACACAAUUCAUUUCUAUACUAACUGCUACACAGCCUGCCGCACCAGCAUCAAACCCCAAUGACGGCUUCCAGGAGAUUCAACGAAAUCGAGGUGGUCGAGGCAACUUCCGUGGCGGUCGAGGUCGUGCUGAUGGAUUCAGCCGCGGUGGACGAGGCUCAUUCCGAGGCGAUGUCUACCGUGGACGAGGACGAGGUGGUGGCGGUGCCAAUGGCCCACGAGGA